AGCCUACAGCUGAUGCUAUACAUUUUCAGCACUAUAGACAGUUCCAUUCUGCAGCGUGAGCAGACAGAGGGGGUAUAAAAAGGUAGGAGCCGCGCUGCUUAGCCUGCACACCAACACUGCUUAGUUUACUGAGGCAAUAUGAGCCACAGAAUGGACUAUCAUUUGGGUUCUCCGCAUAGGGGAGCUCAAGCUGAGUAUUGCUGCUUUCAACCCAAACUGACCGGAUCCCCCUCUGCAUCCAGGACCGUUGGCUUUGAGUCGACUACCGCAUACACGAAAAGAGGAUAUGCGACGACGCUGAAGAGCGAAUUCGAAUCUGUUCCGAGAUCAUCUGAGAGCCUUUUCGAUUUAUCAAACCCAGUUACCGAGGUUUUGACAAAAAUGAAUGAGAAAGAACAGCUCCAUGGGCUGAACGACCGUUUCGCAGGAUUCAUAGAGAAGGUGCGUCAUUUGGAGCAUGAAAAUGAAUUGUUUGAGAGGGAAAUCGAGGAAAUCAAACUAAAGGCACAGUCCCCUGCGUCUCUGGCCCAGGGGCACGAGCCGGAGCUUAUGGACCUGAGGAACCUAGUUCAUGACAUCACCCUUCAGAAGCGUCAGAUCGAGAUAGAGCAUCAGAACCUGGAGGAAGAUUUCCUCACCUUGAGAGACAAGUAUGAGCAGGAGGCACGUGACCGCUCGAACGCAGAGAACGGCAUCCUUGUGCUGAAAAAGGACGCCAACGAUGCAUACCUCGCCAAACUUCAGUUGGACAAGAAAGCGCAGUCUUUGGUGGAUGAGAUCCACUUCCUGAAGAAGAACCAUGAGGACGAGGUAUCAGAAAUGGUGGCCCAGAUCCAAGAGGCUCAAGUAACGGUCAAGGCGCACGACUUUGGCAAACCUGACAUCACAGAGGCUCUCCGGGACAUCCGUGUGCAGUUAGAAGGUCACGCCACCUCCGACUUUCAGCAAGCCGAGGAGAGCUUCCGUGUCCAGUUCACAAAGUUAACCAAAGCGGCAGAAAGUAACAGAGAGGCGUUGAAGGCAACCCAACAGGAGAUCCAGGAGAAUAGAAGGCACCUGCAGGGGAAAACAAUUGAACUGGACUCUGGGAAAGGAAUGAGAGAGGCCCUGGAAAAACAACUACACGAGCUGGAGAAGCGUCACUAUGCGGAAAUGAUUCAUUACCAGGACACUAUCAGGCAGCUGGAGAAUGAGCUGACCAAUGCUAAACUAGACAUGUCUGGCUACCUGAGAGAGAACCAGGACCUGCUGAAUGUCAAAAUGGCUUUGGAUGUGGAGAUUCUCUCUUACAGGAAACUCCUGGAGGGUGAGGAGUCCCAUCUGUACACCAUCUCUGACACCCACAUCUCCAUGCCCUGCAUCUACCGCCAGUCCCCCGUCUACACCCUGCCUUGCCUGGCCCGGCAGGGAGGGCCCACACGCAGGUCUGAGCCCCAGUACAAGUUUGUUGAAGAGAUCAUCUCUGAGACCACCAGAGACAUGGAGAUGUCCGAGAUCGAGGAGACAGGCUCCGAGGAGACGGUCGGGGGAGAGGGAGACAAGUUGAGACAGAAGCAGGGAGAAGAGAGUGACAAAGCUGAGAGGAUGAGUGGGGAAGAGGAGGAUGAGGACAAAGAGAAAGCUAAAGGUAAAGUGGAUGUUGAAGUGGACGCCCCGGAGGAAGAGGGUGAACAGGAGGAAGAGUCUAAGAGACAGCAUAUGGUAACAUCAGCAGAGGUCGAGGUAAAUGGAGAUGGAGUUAGCCCUAGUGAGGGAGAAAAUGGAGAGGAGGGAGAUGAUGAAAGAGAGGAGGAAAAGGGGGGUGAGCCAGAUGCAAUCAAGAAGACAGAGGACAUUGACAGAGGUGAAAAUAAACAAAGUGAAGUCAAAUCAGCUGAGGCCACCAGUGAGGGAGAGAAGGAAAAACUGGACACAACAGAGAAGCUAGACAGCGAGAUAAAUGGGACAUUAGAAAAAGAUGACACCCCAAAACAUGACAAAUCCCAACUGGAGGUUCCCAAGAAUGGUGACAUCUCAACAGAACCCAAAACGUCAGAGUCAGAGGAUAGCAAAACAGGAAGUUCAAUAAAGGGUGAACCACAGGUCCCCACAGAGGACAUCUCCAAAGAACCCAAAAAGGUGUCAGAGGAGAGAAAAAAAGAAAGCCCUUUAAAAGAGAAAAAAAAGGUAGAUCUGAAAGAGGAGAGUGCCCCAACAGAGCAACAACAAGAUAGCCCUGAAGAAAGUCCCAUCAAAGAGAGAAAAAAGGUAAAUCUGACAGAGCAGAGUGCCCCAACACUGGAGCAGAAACCUGAUCAGAAGGAGCACAGAGAGUCAGACCAACCUCAAGAGGCAGAGAGUGCUGUGACAACACAAGAAGAGGAUCUCCCUGAGCCCACAGAGAAGGACAUGGAAUCCCCUGAUAACACUGCAGAGCUCAACAGCAGUUCAACCAAGGAGACAGUGGAGCAGGUGACGUCACCUGAUGAUUCUGGUGUAAAAACGACACAAGAUGAGAGAACAGUAGGAGGUAAAUUGCCAGACAGAAUUCUCAGCAUAACAAGUGAGUGUAAGGAAGACCUUGUGCAAAAGACUCCUAAACAGGAGGUGGGUCCGACAGAGCAAAAAGUGAGCAGCAAGGAUGAUAGUGUAAAAAGUGUUGUGCAGAAGGAACAUAAUGGCAGUGAAAAGGUCACAAAAGAUGUCUCAAUGGGUGAGGAAAAGGGGAAAGAAUCUGAGACAUCCCCUAAACCCGACGCCACUGUCAUUCCUAAAGAAGAAACAACCCCGUAUCCAGAGCAAACUGUCACCCCUAAAGAAGAAACUUCCAUUAAACCAGAACCAGCAGUCACCGCAAAAGAAGAAACGUCCCCAAAACCAGAACCUGUAGUCAUCCCAAAAGUAGAAACUUCCCCAAAACCAGAACUAGAAGUCACCACUAAAAAAGAAACUUCCCCAAAACCAGAACCAGCAGUCACCCCUAAAGAAGAAACGUCCCCAAAACCAGAACCUGUAGUCAUCCCAAAAGUAGAAACUUCCCCAAAACCAGAACUAGCAGUCACCCCUGAAGUAGAAACUUCCCCAAAACCAGAACUAGCAGUCACCCCUGAAGUAGAGACUUCCCCAAAACCAGAACUAGCAGUCACCCCUGAAGUAGAAACUUCCCCAAAACCAGAACUAGCAGUCACGGAUAAAUUAGAAACUUCCCCAAAACCAGAACUAGCAUUUACCACUAAAGAAGAAACGUCCCCAAAACCAGAACCAGGAGUCAUCCCAAUUGUAGAAACUUCCCCAAAACCAGAACUAGCAGUCACCCCUAAAGUAGAAACUUCCCCAAAACCAAACUCAACCAUCACCCCUAAAGAAGAAACGUCCCCAAAACCAGAACCAGCAGUCGCCCCUAAAGAUGACACAUCCCCUAAACCGGCCCCCACUGUCACUCCUAAAGAAGAAACAACCCCGCAUCCAGAGCCAACUGUCAACCCUAAAGAGGAAACAUCUCCUAAACCGUACCCCACUGUCACCCCUAAAGAGGAAACAUCCCCAAAACCAUUCCCGACUGUCGCCCCUAAAGAGGAGACAUCCCCUAAACCAGAACUAGCAGUCACCGCUAAAUUAGAAACUUCCCCAAAACCAGAUCUAGCAGUCACCCCUAAAGAACAAAAUUCCUCAAAACCAGAACUAGCAGUCACCACUAAAGAAGAAACUUCCCCAAAACCAGAACUAGCAGUCACGGCUAAAUUAGAAUCUUCCCCAAAACCAGAACUAGCAGUCACCACUAAAGAAGAAACUUCCCCAAAACCAGAACUAGCAGUCACCACUAAAGAAGAAACUUCCCCAAAACCAGAACUAGCAGUCACCCCUAAAGAACAAACUUCCCCAAAACCAGAACUAGCAGUCACCACUAAAGAAGAAACUUCCCCAAAACCAGAACUAGCAGUCACGGCUAAAUUAGAAUCUUCCCCAAAACCAGAACCAGCAGUCACCACUAAAGAAGAAACUUCCCCAAAACCAGAACUAGCAGUCACGGCUAAAUUAGAAUCUUCCCCAAAACCAGAACUAGCAGUCACCACUAAAGAAGAAACUUCCCCAGAACCAGAACCAGCAGUCACCCCUAAAGAAGAAACGUCCCAAACACCAGAACCAGGAGUCAUCCCAAAAGAAGAAACUUCCCCAAAACCAGAACCUGCAGUCACCCCUAAAGUAGAAACGUCCCCAAAACCAAACUCAACCAUCACCCCUAAAGAAGAAACGUCCGCAAAACCAGAACCAGCAGUCACCCCUAAAGAAGAAGCUUCCCCAAAACCAUAUUCAACCAUCACCCCUAAAGAAGAAACAUCCCCGCAUCCAGAGCCAACUGUCAACCCUAAAGAGGAGACAUCUCCUAAACCGUACCCCACUGUCACCCCUAAAGAGGAAACAUCCCCAAAACCAUUCCCGACUGUCGCCCCUAAAGAGGAGACAUCCCCUAAACCAGAACUAGCAGUCACCGCUAAAUUAGAAACUUCCCCAAAACCAGAUCUAGCAGUCACCCCUAAAGAAGAAACUUCCCCAAAACCAGAACUAGCAGUCACGGCUAAAUUAGAAUCUUCCCCAAAACCAGAACUAGCAGUCACCACUAAAGAAGAAACUUCCCCAAAACCAGAACUAGCAGUCACGGCUAAAUUAGAAUCUUCCCCAAAACCAGAACUAGCAGUCACCACUAAAGAAGAAACUUCCCCUAAACCAGAACUAGCAGUCAGCGCUAAAGAAGAAACUUCCCCAGAACCAGAACCAACAGUCACCCCUAAAGAAGAAACGUCCCAAAAACCAGAACCAGGAGUCAUCCCAAAAGUAGAAACUUCCCCAAAACCAGAACUAGCAGUCACCCCUAAAGAAGAAUCUACCCCAAAACCAGAACCAGCAGUCACCCCUAAAAAUGAAACAUUCCCUAACCCUGACCCCACUGUCACUCCUAAAAAAGAAACAACCUCUCAACCAGGGCCAACUUUCACUCCUAAAGAGGAGACACCCCCUAAACCGUACCCCACUGUCAACCCUAAAGAAGAAACUUCCAUUAAACCAGAACCAGCAGUCACCCCUAAAGAAGAAGCUUCCCCAAAACCAUAUUCAACCAUCACCCCUAAAGAAGAAACAUCCCCGCAACAGGAGCCAACAGUCACCCCUAAAGAGGAGACAUCCCCUAAACCGUAUCCCACUGUCACCACUAAAGAAGAAACAUCCCCUAAACCAUUCCCCACUGUUGCCCCUAAAGAGGAGACAUCCCCUAAACCAGAACGAGCAGUCACCGCUAAAGUAGAAACCUCCCCAAAACCAGAACUAGCAGUCACAACCAGAGAAGAAACUUCCCCAAAGCCAGAACCAGCAGUCACCGCUAAAGAAGAAACUUCCACAAAACCAGAUCUAGCAGUCACACAUAUAGAAGAAACUUCCCCCAAACUAGAACCAGCAGUCACCCCUAAAGAAGAAACUUCCCCAAAACCAGAACCAGCAGUCACCCCUAAAGUAGAAACUUCCACAAAACCAGAACCAGCAGUCACCCCUAAUGUAGAAACAUUCCCAAAACCAGACCCAACGAUCACCCCUAAAGAGGAAAUAUCCCCUAAACCAUACUCAACCCUCACCCCAGAAUCAACAACCACCCCUAAACCAGACUCAACCCUCACCCCAGAAACAACGACCACGCCUACGGAAGAGAGUGAAAUGAUAGGCAGUGGUGACAAAGCUAAGACAAUCACACCACCAGAGGAACAGAUGCCUGCAGUUGUAGAGAGCAAGGACUCACACAGGGGGGCGCCAGAAAGCAACACAAUUCAGGAGAAACCAGAGGAAAGUAUGGACAAAGAGCCUGAGAAGGUUACAGAUCCCAAAGAUGGACCACCAAAGACAGUUAGCGUGAAGACCAAGGCCUCUGAGUUAAAACCUGAACAUGUUGAGAUAUCUAUUACAAAGAUAUCACCAGUGAAAGAACAGGAUGUAUCAGCCGUGGGUUUGAAAGAUCAGUUGAUGAGAAGAUAACAGAACAGGUGCAAUUUUAAAAGGACUAGAACAGCUUUACAGGAGGUGCAUGGUUAGUGCAAGCCUAUAAAGCAAUAUGAGAACUGCUCCGCCUUAAGAUAUUAACUGACACUUAAUAUGUAAAGUAUCAUGGUUCGUGAGUGUCAAUUAUCACCAGGGCCGCAACUUUCACUGGGGACGGGGACGGGACAUGUCCCCCUCCCACAUUCUGAAAUUGUAUUUUUGUCCCCCCCGUUUCACAAAACGAGGCAGUGGUGUGCUUUUGGACCAUGUGGAUGCCUCCGAGUGGUCGAGUAGGCUGUUUGGAGUGUUUAUCCGACUGGAAAUUAUUUUAUUUUUUACAAUAAUAAUAACGCUGCCCCACUUCUAAAAUCAAAGUUGCGCCCCUGAUUAUGAGGCACAGUUAAUGAGAUAUGUACUGUAAUAUUGAAUGUAACAAAUCAAAAGCUGUAUUUUGCUGUAUCUAUUUACUUCUGACCAAUGGAUGAUAAUGUGCAUAGGGAUGAUAAUGAGAAUGGUUGAUAAUGUGAUUUGAUCAUGCCUGAAUGUGCUGAGCAAUAAAUGCUAUU